AUGCUCUCCAGAACGGCGCGCCUCAGGGGGCUCAAGCAGACUGGUGCUUUUGCAUUCACUUCAGUUCGAUGCUAUGCUGUUCCCGUGAAUCCUUCCAGCUCGGUCGAUGCUCUCCUUGGCACUUCGGUGCCCCCACCACCAAGAGAAGGACAACAAGUGGGAGCAGCGCCUGGCACACACAGCACGCCUUCCCGCUUUGGCAGAAAAACCCCCAACGAUAUCGCGGACAUUCUUCGUGGCAACCACAAGCGAGACCCCACAAGUGGUCGAUCCAGCGGCGGCAGCAGCAGCAGCACUGCGAACGCCAGCCAUGCCGAACUUCAACGGAUCAAAGGGACCGCUAUCGGCGCCGAGCGUAAGGGCAUCCCCAUCCCCUCACGGGACGAGAUGCUCGAAGAAAUGUUUAAGCGGCCCAUGCGCGAGCUCGAAGAUCGACGCGCCAUUGUCGAUCGUGAGCACCCUCAUCCCAUCGAUGCGCUGUAUGGGCGCAACGAGCUGGAUGAACGUGUUCUGGCGGCUGCCCGUGCGCUCCAUGCCGCUUCUUCCAACCCAAGCCCACGAGCUGCAGGAGCUUCCGACACGUUCAAGGCAGCGACGAUCCCUGAUUUGCUGGACCGCUUCGAGUCGAGGGCUGGUUAUCAGCUGUCAAUCGAGCUACCCUAUGAACCUACGCCGUCCGAGGAGCGCAGAGUGCCGCUCACCUCAGCACACAGCUCGGAAGCCGAGCUGCAAGAGGCAAAUGAUGAUGGUGUCUUGCUGCUUGCAUACGUGUCCAAUUUGACGGGCGCGAGAGGCACGGAGCGUAUCAGUGUCUGUUCCGCAUUUGCCGUGGAGGGGGGAGACAAGAUUUCGGAAGAGGACGGAGACGGAAAAGGUGCUCUGAUCGUAACAUGUGCGCACACAUUGCGGGCUUCGGCGCCGUCCAAGCAUACGUCUGAUUCCAAAACGUUUACUUCUGACUCGGACCCGAGCUCUGCGAAUGACAGUAUUGCUGUAGCCAUCACCCGAACAGGCGCCAUCUAUCCAGUGCGCAACCUUAUCAGCAGCCUCGCCGCCUCAGACGUCAUUCUCCUUCAACUCGGGACCACGCCUCUGUCGCUCAACGGCACCUCGGCGACUCCUCAGCCAGUCAGGACCCUUCCGGUGUCACCUUAUCCGGCACAUGUCAACACCGAAUUAUCGGUCUCUUCCUUCUGGGGCUGGGAGGACGACUCUGGCGCCAUAUUGCCAGCGUAUUCGUACGAUCCCGAACAACAGAAUCUGGCCGUUUCCACCAGUGCGUCUCCAAAGGGAAGGGAGAAGGAACGUGUCAAGUUGGAGCGCGAUGACGCGGGUCGAAGCCGAUGGGGCCGCGCCAGACUGGUCGAGUACAAGGAUCCCUGCGGAGCAAGUGCGAUGGUAGGCACAUACGACGAGCUGGCGCAGCUGGAUUACAAGCUUUUGGUUUCUUCGCCGGCCAAUCCGCCUGCACUGCAGGGUGACUAUGCAUUGCGCCUUUCAAGCACAGUUUCAGAAGCGACCCGUCCCGUUGUAGCUUUUGGAUCGACUACCUCAACAUCGACGUCGAAAGCGCGAACUGAGGUGAUACAGAGCCAGACGCGCAAGCCCCUACCCAACUUUCCCCCGCCGGGAUCGUCUGGUGGGCCCGUGGUGGACGUAGAGACAGGCAGCGUAGUGGGCAUUGUCAGGGGACACAAGAUGAGCGCACUAGAGGGGCGUAGAGGUGAUGCUGUGCCUGCCGAGAAGGUUUUCGAGUUCUUUGCGCUUCCUGGACUGGGCAGGAAGAAUUGA